GGUGCAGACUAACUGCCCGUUUUUCUUGCAGUGAAGUGCAGCAUCCAGUGUCUCCACGGGCGGUUCCGGGAGGAGGAAUGUUCCUGCCUCUGCGACAUCGGCUACGGCGGAGCGGAGUGCGGCACGAAGGUUCAGUUCCCUUUGCACACCUGCGACCUGAGGAUAGACGGGGACUGCUUCAUGGUUUCCUCUGAGGCAGACACGUACUAUGGAGCCAAAAUAAAAUGCCAGGAGAAAGGAGCCAGGCUGGCCCAGAUCACAAAUCAGAAAGUGCAGGACAUUCUGGCCUUUUACCUGGGGCGUUUGGAACCCACCAAUGAGGUGACAGAGCCGGAUUUUGAGACCCGGAACUUCUGGAUUGGUUUGACCUAUAAAACAUCCAAGGAUUUGUUCCGCUGGGACACCGGCGCCCAGCACUCCUUCACCAGCUUCGCGUUCGGCCAGCCAGACAGCCAGCGGUUUGGGAACUGUGUUGAGCUCCAGGCAUCAGCCGCCUUCAACUGGAAUGACCAGCGCUGCAAGACGCGAAACCGCUACAUCUGCCAGUUUGCUCAGGAACACAUCUCCCUGUGGCAGCCGGAGCCCUGAGCCCGCACAGCUUCCAGCUGCUGGGUGGUGGGUGCGGCGUCGCCUCCAGCCCGCACGCAGCUUGAGAGAAAGAAUCCGUUGCCCCUGUUCUGCCGGGUCCUCUCCAGCUCCCCGGGCGCUCAGCCCAUCCCAGCCACGCUGACACCCCUCUCUGAGGGCCGGGCGCCGGAGGUGGCACCAGGACCUGCCGAGCGCUCAGGGAGAGAGCGCUUCCCGGGCUGCCCUUCCAGCGGUGACGUGGGGGGGCCAGAUCAACCCGCACAGCUGCUUCAGGGACCCUGACUCCACCAGAGCCAUCGCGGUCGAGCCAGGUGGGGGUCUCUGGGGUGCAUCCCAGCCCCUUGUCCACGGAACAGCCCCGAGCGCCUGUAAAAUAGCCCCUCUCUCACACGUGGCCGCUGGGGCAAGGGCAGCUGCUUCGUGUCCCCACCCCCUUCCUCCGGGGCGUGAUGGCACGUCAGUGCAGGGAGCCCCUCGCUUCCCCCGGCUGGGCCAGAGGGAGCAGGGCACCCCCCGGUGGUAACCCCCAGUCCAUAGCGCUGCGGCCCUGAGACGGGAGUCGCUGGCGGGAGCGGACUGGGGAGCUGAGUGGCACAGAGCAAGAGGGUGCCUGUCCCGCCUAGAGCUGGCAGUGCUCUGCCAGGGCUGUGGGGUGCGGGGCGGGGCCCCAGGAAUCACAGCCGAGACGUGCCCUGCAAAGAAGGCAGAUGUGGCUGCCGGGUCUAGGCCUCGGUGUCCAGUCACUAGCCAGGGCCAUCCCGCCUCCCGCUGCAGCUCGGCUGCAAGGGGCAGCCUUCCCUGGGCAGGCAGGUGCAGCGUGGCCACACUCUCGGCCCCACGCCCCUUCACUGUGCCAGUCAGUCCCACCACGGCUCAGCGCUAACGAAGCUGGCUAGCUCCGGUACCGACCCGCUAACCUAGCAGAGCAGGGCUCUGACCUCCCCUAGGCCUAGAGGCUUUUUGGUUCAGGCCUGUUCCUUCGCCCUGUGUAGCAUGCGCUCCGGCCGGGGGCGCUGUCUAGGCGACACGAACUCUUCCCGCUGUUUGAGAGCUGGGGCUGUUCUAAUAAAGCCGUCUGUCCCUC